GAGCCGCGCCAUCACUGCCCGGGCUGUUGCUGCGGGCGAUCAACCGAGGGGAACCGGGGGAGAAAGAAACCGUGUCGGAUAAAACGGGAAAAAAGUACUGCUCCAUCAUUAAUCUAUAUUGGUUUAAUCGGCAGGUUUAGUUAAAACCAAUCUUUGAACGCCUUGUUUCGAUACAGGCGCAAGCUUCUUUUUGCGCAUUGAGUAACAACAGGUUGAUUUGUGUGCAACAAGCCUGUCCGGACGUUAUUUAUUGGGAAUCUCAGAACAUCAAAGCAAAAUGAGUACCAGCGUGUCACAGCACAUGGCCAUGCACAGCCCACUGGGAAGGCCAUCUGGUGUUGCGGUCCUGUGUCAUAAAUGUGAAAAGCCCUGCAAAGGAGAAGCUCUGAGAGUGCAGAACCAGUUCUUUCACAUCAAUUGUUUUACCUGCAAAGAAUGUGGAUCUGAUUUGGCUGAGGGUGGAUUUUUUGUAAAACAAGGAGAAUACAUCUGCACUUCUGACUAUCAAAGAUUGUAUGGAACCCGGUGCUUCAGCUGUAGUGAAUUUAUAGAGGGCGAGGUGGUUUCAGCUCUGGGAAAAACUUAUCAUCCGAAGUGUUUUGUCUGUGCUGUCUGCAGGCAGCCCUUUCCUCCUGGAGACCGGGUGACUUUUAAUGGAAAGGAAUGCAUUUGCCAAAAAUGUUCUCAAUCUCUGAACACCAAUCCAAAACAUGUGUCAGCUCAAUCUCCUAUAAAGUGUGAAGGCUGUGGCUUGGAAAUUAAAAAUGGACAAUCAUUGGUAGCUCUAGACAAGCAGUGGCAUCUGGGCUGCUUUAAGUGUCAUACUUGUGGGAAAGCCCUAUCUGCUGAAUAUAUCUGCAAAGAUGGGAAUCCUUACUGUGAGGCUGAUUAUCAUUCCCAGUUUGGAAUCAAAUGUGAACGCUGUACAAAAUUUAUUACUGGCAGAGUAUUGGAGGCAGGAGAAAAACACUAUCAUCCAGACUGUGCACGAUGUGUCAGGUGCGAGGAGAUGUUUGCAGAAGGGGAAGAAAUGUAUCUGCAAGGUACUUUAAUUUGGCAUCCAAUCUGUAAACAAGCUGCCAGGGCAGAAGAAAAGCAAAAGGUUACUCGUACAUCUUCUGAGAGUAUCGCAUCUGUACCAGCCUCAAGUACUUCAGGAUCCCCAAGCCGUAUAAUAUAUGCCAAGCUAGAUGAUGAGAUUCUUGACUACAAGGAUUUGGCAGCUCUUCCCAAAGUUAAGGCCAUUUACAAUAUUGAUCGUCCUGACAUGAUCUCCUAUGCACCGUAUAUCAAUUACUCUACUAUUGACAGGCAUAGAACGGUGGAGCCACCUCGACUGCUUUCUCCAACACAAGCUGAGGAUGAACAGGAAGGACCCAGACAGCGCAGAGCCUCUAGUCCUGGAUCCUUUGGGUCUCUUGGCUAUGGACGUUAUACACCAACAUGGUCCCGCUCACCACAACAUUUCCACAGACCAGAGCUCCCCUCUGCUGGUAUUCAUUCCCUGCAUACUGGUAGUUACAGCUCCUUGUCAACACACUCCAGCCUUCCAUCCUCUCUCACACCUAACUAUGUUCCUUAUUUUAAAGGCAGUGAAAGUCGUCGGAGCACUCCCAGCUUAUCCAUGAACCUAGACAGCAAAUCUUAUGUCCAGGCUCCUAGACAUUUCCAUGUUCCAGAAACUGAUGGGAAAGCAGAUAACAUCUACAGAAAGCCCCCUGUCUACAGACAACAUGUAGGUGAUUGGCAAAGCAGAGGAUUUUGGAGUGAAGAUAGUGAUGGAGGAGGACAGCUUUACUGGGAUCAAGAUGGCAAAAAAGCAAAGACAGAUUCAUUGAAGGGGCAGGUGGUGGGUGCAGUUGACUCUCAUGAUCUGGACCCUAAAUCAUCAUCUCGAAGUCCUGCUGCUGAUAGAGAGCUGCUACAAAGAUCAAACAGUGAAUCACUCUUCCAAACAAAAAUUCCUCACUCCAAAUCAGCUUCCCUUCCUGGUUAUGGAAAAAAUAAAUUACACAAGACUUCAGACUUUGAAUCAACUCAUGAUAGCAGCUGGGGAAUGAGAGAAUACAAGAUUUACCCUUAUGAAAUGUUAGCUGUUACAAUGAAAGCUCGUGUCAAACUACCAAAGGAUGUGGACAGGACCAGGCUGGAGCGACAUUUGUCUCCAGAGGAAUUCUAUCGGGUAUUUGGCUUGACAAUAGAAGAAUUUAAUCGACUUGCGUUAUGGAAGAGAAAUGACAUGAAGAAAAAAGCACGGCUGUUUUAACUAGAAAUGAAUAGAUAAAUUUCAACAGGAAAAUUCUUCCUUGGCAAUCCUGCUAGGAAAAAUAAAUGUGUCUGCUCACAAGUGGAACAUCUAAUAUGUUAUAUCAUCAGCAGAUGGAUUUUGAGAACAGUUUUGAGAAUAUAUGCAGGCCUUGAAGUUGUGUUUCUGCUAAUCUUGCAUGAAAAGCUAAGUAUUGUAGCCAUUAAGCUCUAAGCUUAGACAGUUAUUUGCUAAAGACCUGUAAAAAAUUGCCAUCUAAUUAAACUAAAGUGUAAUAGAACUGUUUGAGAAAAGGGGGAAGAAAAUGGGAAGUUCAGGAUUUAAUAUACAAAGUGCAUUUUAUCCUGGCCAAAAAAAUUCAAAAAUCUUCCACCUGGCAAUAAUUUAUUAACACCUCAUUAAUUGCUCCAGGUUCUUAAACAAUGACUCUGGUACAAUGGUAUUUUAUUGCUAAUAGGCUAGUUGGUAGGGAGGAUUCUCAAGAUCAAUUAUAGAAAUUAAUAUAGGUAUAAUUACUGCUUCUUGCUAAUACCUGUGGAAAAAUUGCUUGAUGGGAAGCAGGAGAAAAAGCAAAGCUAAUACUGCACUUUAUUCAUAUAUAGAAGCAUAUACUCAAGAGUCUAACACCAUGUGCAAUUAUCUACAUUAGUAUUCAUUAGUUCGUCACUAACAUUUUUGCAAAUGUGCAACAUCUAUAACACUCACAAUAAUAAAUCUGCUGCAGUGAAAUGGAGCAACACAUUAUGUCAGUGGUAGUUACAUGUUAGCUGGUCAUUGGUUAGAAGGCCCUUUGAUAAUCAGCCCAAUCUUGGGCCCAGAUGCUAUUUACAUCAAAUGAUAACUGGCAUCACUGUGGUUUGAUUUAUUUUUACUUAACACUGGUGGAACAUCCUGCCUUUAAUUUGAAGUCGUCAUUGAAUAACCAUACGUUUGAAUGAAAUAUUGAGAAGGAAAUUGUUCAGGAUUAUUUCCACCAAUAAAAAAUAACCUCAAAGUGAUAUUUCAUUAACUACAAGGCUCUUAACUGCCCAAAACUGCAGGCAGAAACCACAUGUGCCCAUCUAGUUGGAAAUAUUCUAGUUAUGAUAUUGAGUAAGGACAAACUAGAGAUGUCCGUUACCUGUGGCUGAAGCAGCUGCCAAGCUGCCAGUGCAGAUUAAAGCCCAAUAUCUGCUCCAGAUCCUCACUGUAAAGUGGUUUAUCCUGAGGCAGCCAACAAGAAGGACAUGGGGGACAGUGAGAUCAGGGGGACGCUGUUAUGGUGGGGCACAGUGAUAUCGAGAAGGAGGCUGAUCUGCAAUUUACGUUGACAUCAUGGUCACCACAGACAUGGUGGACCAAAGGGCCUGUUCCUGUGCUGUACUGUUCUGUGUUCUAACAGGAAUUACUGUACUCAAAAAACUUGCAACAUAGUAACCUACAUGGCAUCAUUCUGCCAAAGUGCCAUGAAAAUGCCAUUCAUGCCACUCUGCACGUCAACAUUCACAUUCCUAAUCUUGACCGCUGACCUUUUCCUUAAUGACCCAAUCUCCAUUCUCAGUCCUGUGAGCCGCUACCUGCUGAUACAGCUCACACCUCAGUCUCUCUCUCUCGACCUCUCCCUUACCCCAAGCUCUACAAUCUUAGUCCUCACCAAGCUUAGCUUAGGCAGCCCCAGUAUUCAUUAUACCACCUCAGCAGAUUUGCCUUCACUGCCUAUUAAAUUCCCAUCCCCCUCUUUUAAGACAUCUUCUGUUAAAAUAUUUUAUGUCACCCAUUCUAUUAUCUCUCUGUGGUUGUUGAUGUUUUAUUUAAUAACUCUUCUGCAAAGUCCCUAAGACUGUUUGCUUUGUUAAAGUUGUGACAUAAAUGCCAGUGCUGCAUCUGCUUUCCGCACCUUAAGUAAGUCAAUGGAUACAGCCUCUCGUUGCAAAACAAGGACUGAUUACCAAGCUAACAGAAAGUGGUCUCCAGAUAACCUCUGUUGGAAUCAGUCCAAAUGUAGCUACCUUUUUAUUUUGGGUUAAAGCUGAUUGAGAGACCUUUGUAUCUGAUUAUGUAAUGUUGUAUCUAUGUUCUGUUUGAUCUGGAUGGGGUUGAUUUUGGCAAGGUGUGCUUGAAAUAGGAAAUAGCUACAUGUACCAAUUCCAAUACCUUUUACCAAAAAAAAAUUUAGGAUUUUUUUUUAUUAAUCAGUGGUGGGGAAUAGGUGGCCCCAAACUUUACAGAUUGCUGUGAAAUGCUCAAAAACAUUAUCCCAACUGCAAUAAAGUUUAGUCUGAAUAUUACUUAAGUUUCAAAUCUGUGCAGAUAAUUAAUACAGUUGGAAAACUGGAUGCAGUUUAUUGUCAUAUAAAAAUAAGAACUGUUAUACAUCAGAUUUCACAACCUACAAUUUGGUGCAGAAAAUAUUGGAUUUGUAAUAAAUCCAUUAUUUUGCAUAGAAAGAUGACCAGUCAAUGAUGGGCAGGGGUAUGGGGUGGGGAUUCAUACAAUUUUGCAUAGGUAAUGAGGAGUGUGGCCCAUUGGCAAUAUAUAUUGGACACAGGCAUAUUGCCCAUUAUGUUCUUGUCAUUAGGAGGCUCUUAGCUAGCAACAUGGUGUUGUAAAAUUACCUUUUUAUAAGUGCUUUGAAAUAUAUAUAUUUACAGGGCAUAUAAAAAAAACUAAUGCAAUACAUGUGUGCAAGUUGCAGUGUGUUAUUUCCAUCUGCAACAAAUUAAAGCAAGCAGAUGCAAGAAACACUAUAAACAAAAAUCAAACACCAGCCAGGAUCACAGAGCCAUUUCCAGUUUGAGGUUUAUCUAUAUUUUUAAACAGCUGUGUUCAUAAACCUACAUUACUUGAAAAAUUAUUUAUUGAAGGUAUUUAUCCAAGUAUUCAAAAAUUCUCAGAUGAACACUUUGUAUUGAUACUGAUCAGCCUGUAGACUUAUUCAUGUAAUCUGCAAGCAUUUUGUUUUUGAGCAAAUAUGAGAUUCAGAUGCUUGAAGUUUUUAAUUACGAUGAAUAGAUGCUUUACAGCAAAUAUCCAGUCCCAACAAUGCACCUGAGCAAUUUUUAACAUCUGCCAUUAAUUCAAGCCCAAACCACAAUUUCGUUAGGCGGGGACACAUUCACAGAUUGACAGAUUUGAUGACCUUCGACAUACCAGGCCAGGUCGUGCUCGAUCCGAGAUGCCAUUGGAUUCCUGCUGUAAAGUGGCAGCCGCUCUUAGCUGCUGCGGCACCUGCAGGGUAGACUGUGCUGGAGGCCAUGACUCUGCAGCCUUUUUCCACGAGUGGCAUCCCACCACCUGCAAUGCACCAUGUGGUUUAAGGCUUCAUGUAAUGUUUUAAAAUAGCUCUGAUACUUGGGGGUAUUUUAAAACAAGUUAAAAGGACUUAAAUAAUUAAGAAUAUUUUAAAACUAACCGAAACAAUACAUUUAUUUAAAAUCCCUUAAACCAUUGUAAAUUAAUUAAAAACAUGCAUAUAAAGUGAAAAUAAGAACAUGAACAAAAAAAUCUGACUCGCACUUGACCAUUUUUAAAUGAAUGCCAACAACCCCAUUCUAAUCAGUGGGGUAUCUGCCUUUAGCCCAGGCAUCCCUGGGAUGCUGCACAUGAAAUGCAUCCUGCUUUUCAGUUGAGCAAGAAUGCAAAACUCAUGAGUGCAGCCGCAGGGCAAGAGGUCAGUUGUUCUGGUCUCUGGCGUGUUUCAAUUUCUCAGCGUUGCAGUAUACACAGAAGUCGCGCUGAACAUCAAAGGGCGGACGGAAGGAUGGUGGUUCCCCGUAGAACCGCUUUCAAUAUUGAAGCCCGACAGGAUGCAAAUUAGUCACCUUCAUCUCGGCGGUAAUCAGUGUGUGUGUAUCAUUCUCUCUGAGUCAUUAAGAUUGCUCAUGCAAUGGCAAUUCAUUUCUAAGGUUUGGUAUUCAGUAAUGGAACUGAAAUAGUGGUUAAGUGAUCUGUAUUAGUACUUCAGAUCCCUGCUUCUCUAAUGUGCAAAAGUAAUUAACACACUUCUUCAGAAUGAUCUAAAAUUCAUCAUACGUACAAAGUAAUAUUCUAAUACAAAUAUUUGUGGUAGAUUUUUUAGUGAAUUAUAAAUGUACUGCAAGGUGCAUUUCCCUUGAUGUAAGGUUGUGUCAGUUAUUUUGGAAUAUAUAAACAGUGGAAUGUGUUUAGUUGUCAGCCAUUUUCUUCUGCUGUAUGUUGCUUAAGUUGGCUGAUUUAAAAAUUAGAAAGGAAUAUGAAGUAGAGAUCUUCUUAUAGUUAGCUAGGAAUCAGUGAAUAUUUUGAAACUUACUUUGCAGUAGUCCCUUUCUAAGAUUAAUGAAUGGUCAGGUGUGAGCUAAGUGAAGCACACUGCUUCCUCCUUCAGUGCCUCACACAAAUUGUGGUGCAGUGCUUUUCAAUGACAAUCAUUGCAAUAAAUAGAACAUAGCACUGGACAGGCCAUUCGGCCCACGAUGUUGUGCCGAUCUUGAUGCCGAUUUAUACUAUACUCGUCCUGUUUAUCAUCCAUAUCCCUCUAUUCCUUUCAUAUUCAUGUGUCUAUCUAAAAGCCUCUAAACUCCACCAAACUGUUUGAUUCCACUACUACCCCUGGUAACCUAUUCCAGGCACCUUCCACUCUCUACAUAAAAAACUUGCCCCUCACGUCGCCUUUAAAACUUCCCCUCCUCUAACCUUAAAAGAUGUCCUCUGGUGUUUGAUAUUUCUACCCUGGGGAACAGAUUCUGACUGUCUAUCCUAUCUAUGUCUCUCAUAAUUUUAAAAACCUCUGUCAGGUCUCCCCUCAGCUUCCAACACUCUAAGGAGAACAACCCAAGCUUCUCCAACCUGUCCUUAUAGUUCAUACCCUGUAAUCCAGGCAGCACCUUGGUAAGCCUCUUCUGCACCAUUUCCACAGUCUCCACAUCCUUCCUAUAAUGGAGCAACCAGAACUGCACACAAUACUCCACGUGUGGUCUGACUAAAGUUAUACAUAGCUGCAGCACGACUUCCUUAUUCUUAUACUCAACACCCCUAACAAUAAAGGCAAGCAUGCCAUAUGCCUUCUUUACCACCUUAUCUACUUGCAUAGCCAGUGAACUAUGGACCAGGAUCCCAAGAUCCCUCUGUACCUCAAUGUUAUUAAGGGGUCUACCAUUAACUGUAUACUUUCCCCUUUCAUUUGACCUUCCACAGUGCAACACCUCACACUUGCCCAGAUUAAACUCCAUCUGCCACUUCUCUGCCCAUGUCUGUAACUAAUCUACAUCCCACUGUAUUCUUCAAUAGCCCUUUACAAUGUCCACAAGUUCACCAGUCUUGGUGUCAUCUGCAAACUUGCUAAUCCACCAAUCUACAUUUUUAUCCAAAUCAUUGAUAUAUCACAAACAGAGGUCCCAGCUCUGAUCCUUGCAGAACACCACUGGCCACGGACCUCCAGCCAGAAUAACAGACUUCCACCCCUACUCUCUGUCUUCUGUGGGCAAGCCAGUUCUGAAUCCAAACUUGCAAUUCACCCUGGAUUCCAUGCAUCUCUAUCUUCUGAAUCAACCCACAGUAAGGGAGCUUGUCAAAUGCCUAAUCAAAGUCCAUGUAGGUAACAUCCACUGCCUUAUGCUCAUCAAGCACCUUGAUCACCUCCUCAAAAAUAAAGUUUGUAAGGUAUGACCUGCCCCUCAUACAGCCAUGCUGACUGUUCCUAAGCAGGCCCUGCCUUUCCAAAUGCACAUAAAUCCUAUCCCUCAGUAUCCUCUCUGUUAGCUUCUCUAUCACUGAUGUGAGGCUCACCGACCAAAAAUUACCUGGAUUAUCCCUAUUUCCCUUCUUGAACAAAGGCACAACAUUUGCUACUGUCCAUUCCUCUGGGCCCUCACCUGUUGCUACUGCCUUGCCUUACAAAACCCCAGUAAUCUCCUCACUUGCUUCUUUCAAUAUUCUGGGAUAUUUGCUUCUUUGAAUAUUCUGGGAUAUAUGCCUUCAGGCCCUGGGAACUUAUCCACCUUAAUGUUUUUCAGAUGACCCAGCACUACGUCUUCCUUAAUCUUAAAAUGUCCCAGCGCAUUAGCACGCCCCACUCUGUUUUCACUAUCCUCUAAUUUCUUCUCCUCGAUAAAUACCAAUGCAAAGUACUCAAUCAGUGACUCAGCCACUUGUUCUGACUCCAAGCACAAAUCCCCUCCUUUAUCCUUGAGUGGGCCUACCCUCUCCUUAGUUAUACUCUUUUUCUUAAUAUAACCAUUAAAUGCCUUGGGAUUCUCCUUGACCCUGCUCACCAAGGACAUUUCAUGGCCUCUUUUGGCCUUCCUAAUCACCUGCUUGAGCACUUUCCUGCUAUCUUUAUAUUCCACAAGGGCCCAGUCUGAUUUUAGCUUCCUAAACAUAUGCUUCCUUUUCCUUCCUGACCAUAUUUAGGACCUCUUGGGUCAUCCAAGGUUCACUUACCGUACCAUCCUUGUCCUCCCUCCUUACCAGAAUAUGCCAAUCCUGAACUCUGAUCAGCUGGUCUUUAAACAACUCCCACAUGUCAGACAUUGCCUUGUCUGACAGCAGCUGCUCCCAAUCAAUGGCCCUUAGCUCCUGUUUUAUCCUGUCAUAAUUCCCCCCCCCCAAUUUAGUACACUCCUGCAAGAUCAAUUUUAUCCUUACUCCCUUACUCAUAACUAUCUUAAAACAUAAUGAGUUAUGUUCACUAUCCCCAAAAUGUUCACCCACUAUCAGGUCUGUCACCUGGCCUGGCUCAUUUCCCUAAACCAGGUCCAGUAUGUUCUCUAGUUGGACUCUCCACUUACUGUUUCAAAAAACCCUCUUGUAAUUGUGUUUACCUUUGCAAUCCUAAGACUACUUGAUAGGAGCUUCAGUGUGCAGCAAUAUUUUAAAUGCUGUACAAAUAGUUCACAACAAAUAUAGUCUGAUUUUUAUCAACCCAGUAUUUGCAAAUUUUAGCCCAAUUGAUGAAAAUCUGCAUGCACUAUCAUAUAAAACUAUAAAAUGUGACAGAGUGUCCUGAGUGGCUAUUACUUUCCCCUAUGAAGGUUUCUGCCAUUUGUAUGGUGUAUCCUUAUACUGCAGAGACAUGUGAACUCAUUACAGUAAAAUGACAGGCAUCAACUUGUCUUAGCAAUCCAUAGCUGUGUCUUGAGCCUCUCACGUGCUGUAUUGUUCUCAUCUGAUAUUUAACAUUGUUUAUUGCUCAGUUAUUUGAGAAUUUCUGCACUUCAGAUGCAUGCUUAAGUUUCCCUUGUUGUGAGCAAAUGUCAGAAGUGUGUUUGUUUAUGGAAGUAUUGAAAACAUGGCGGUCAUAUUCACUUCUUAAAAGCAGGCAGUUGGGUCUUGCUUCUGAAUUCAAAUGGAACCCUGCCAGCUUUGAAGAAUAUUAAAUGAACAGAGCUAGAGCAAUCAGCAGAAUAAUUUUGUCUGCCAGAUGUUGUAAUGACUUACUACUGUUGAAAUAGGGCAUGUCAACACAGUUAGCACUUGAAAGUUAGCAACUGAAGAUUAGAGAAAUACUUCUAAUAUCUAAGCAGUGCCUUAUAUUUUUAAACCAAAAAUCCUUUAAUUUUUAACUGAAGAUUUGGAAUGGAUUUUCCACCAACAAAAGUUUAAAGGGUAAAAUAGAAUCAUAUUUAUUCAAGAGAGAUUGCCAAAGGCAUCACUUAUCUAACUAAAUGGCUUAGCCAUUUCAGUAAUUAGUUAUGAGUCAAAUACAUCAUGGUGGAUCUGGAGUUGCACAAAGCCAAACACUUAUAUUUCCUUCUCAGAAGGACAUCAGUGAAACAGAAGGGUGGCAUCAUGGCACAAUAGUUAGUGCUACUGCCACGAAGUUUCAGCAACCCAGGUUUGAUGCUGGUUUCUGAUACUGUCUGCAGUGUUGCAUAUUCUCCCUGUAACCAUGUGGAUUUCCCCAGGUGCUCUGACUUCCUCCCAUAUUCCAAAGACUUGCUAAUUCCAAAGAUUUGUUAAUUGUCUUUUGUAACUUGCCCCGAAUGUAGGUGGGUGGCAGGAGAAUUUGGGUGGAAUUGAUGGACAUGUGAGCGAAUCUAUGGUUCAGGGAAAUACGUAGAGGAAUGAGGCUGAUGGGGAUGCUCAGGGAACUGGCAUAGACUCGAUGGGCUGAAAUGCUUCCUUCCUAUGUUAUGAGAAAAAAGGGGGUGUGAUCAUUCGUUGUUUCACGGUCAUUUUUACUAAUAUCAUUAUAAUCAGAUUUAUUCUACAUUUAUUCAACCAGAUGUCAUGAUGAGAUUGGAAUUCAUAUCCCUGGUUUAUUAGUUGAGAUUUCUGGAUUAAUAGUCCAGUAAUUUAACAUCUCUGCCACUGUAUCCAGAAGUGACCAAGUAUUUGGCUUUUGUGAUUGCACAGCAGUUUACUGUGAGGUUUUGUGGAAGGUGCAUAUGAAGGGCAUGGAUUUUCUCACUGCCCAAAACAGGCCACAUUUGUAAUGUAUCUUUUGUGCCACUGGUACAAAAUGAGCAUUGGGUAAAAUGAGCAAGCUGGUUAAAGGAAAAAGUUGAUUGAAGAGGAUCAGCCAGGUGCUGAGCAUAGGUUGGUGACUAGCCCUGACAUUUUUGUGGAUGUAGGAAAAGCACGUUUAUUCAUUUAUACCUGAACAAUGACAGACCUGAUUUGUACAUAGACAGCCCCAGACAUAAAAUGUGCAGGUUAUCUUCACAAAUGUGGCAUCCUUCAGAUGGUAGGAAAGUCCAUUUUUAACUGUUGGCCACCUCUCUUUCUGGUGCAAAUGGACAGCAAACAAUUGAAAACUACCAUAAAAUUUUAACACUUUUCAUUAAUUUGUUUAGAUUAUACAUAUUAGUUCUUUCCCAGGAUAUGGGCACUGCUUGCUAGGUUGACUUUCAAAGUCCAACUCUUGUUAUUAUGAAAUGAUGGUGCUAUUUCUUCUGAGCAGUUUGACUUAAAUGGUUUACUUAACCACCUCAGAAGGAAGUUAAGAACCAAUUGUGUUUUCUGAAGAUUUGAGUCACAUAUUAGCCUAACAGGUUAAGGGUAAAUUAUUUUCUGAGGGAUAUUAGUGACCCAGUUUGGGUUUUUAUAAUCAACAGCCUCAUGGCACUUCUAGUUUAAAUUAAGUUUGAAUUCCUAAACUCCCAUAAUGGAAGUUUGACAUGUUUUCUGAAUUACUAGGGCACAAAUACAUUCACUAGCAUAUUCCUAUAACUGUCCUUAAUGUUCUACUUUUACCAGAAAUUCAGCAGAGUGCAAUGUCAGGUAAAUGGAACCAUGAUUGUUCCAAUUUCGAACACCAAAUUUUAUGGUUAACUCUUUCUAACAUUUCCCCAUGUUUAAGGUAAGGAACUCUAUAUUUUAAUAUUGGUUAAGAACUCAAAGCAUUCUUCUAGUGAUGUCCCAGUGUAAGAACGUAAAACUGGAAUAGGCUAAAUGGCUCUUGAGCUUGCUCUGCCAAUUUGUAAGAUUUUGUGCCUCAAAUCCACUUUCCCAACUGAUCUCCUCAUCCUCUGAUUGCCUUAGCAUCUAAAAUUCUAGUUAUCUCAGGAUCGAAUAUACUCAACUACUGAGCAUCCACACCUCUUUGAGAUAAAUAAUUCCAAAACUUUGCAACCGUCUGCAUAAAAGUUCUCCUUAUCUCAGCCCUGAAUGGUCAAACCCUUCACAUAAGACUGUGCCCCAAUUUCUACUGUCUCCAGCUAGAAGAUGGAGUUUCUUAGCAUCCACCUUGUCAUUCCCUGUCAGAACCUUUGUAUUGGCCAAUUUUAUUCAAUCCCUUCUCAGGGGAGAACAUCCUGUUCCCAUUAACCAGUCUGUUGAAGUUGUGCUGCACUGACUUCAAGGCAAAUAUAUCCUCCUUUAGUUAAGCAGACCAAAACUGCACACAGUAGUGCAAUUGAACUAUCACCAAAUCCCUGUACAAUCUCAGUAAGCACACAACAUACCAUUUGCUCUCCUAAUUGCUUGCUAUGCCUGUAUGUUUGUUUUCUGCCUACCAUAAACAAGUAUAGCAUACUAGGACUCUGGUUCCCGUGCUUCCUUUCCACUUACCCAGGCCCUGGUUCCUGCGCUCCCUUUCAAAUCACAGGAUCCUCAGUUCCUGUUCUUCCUUUCGAAUGGAAAAUGUAUUAUCAUAUUGUGCAACAUCUGGAAGAAGUGAAUUAAAAGAGUGUUGAGGUAUUUGUAGAAAUAACAUCCAAUAGUCUGAAAAAUCUGCCAAUGUCCUGAGAGUGCCAGAUUAUCGGAGUUUUACUGUGUUUAGAAGAAGUACUCAACUCUGUACUUCCUUGUGGCUGAGCUAAGAAUUAAGAUUGUGAUGGAUCCUGCAAUAUUUGUUGUAUUCUGAUACACAAUCAGGCUCCACCUAUUAACAUACUCCUGGUCACCUCUACCUACAUUAUAAUGUUCAAAAGUGUACUAGUAGUCAUAAUGAUUUUGAAGUGCAAUGGGACAGCUGGUUGUUUUAGUUCAUUCAAUGGCAAGAUUGAUCAGAUCACAUAGAUCAGAGUAUCAAGGGUAUAAAUCAAAGUUUGAAGACUCCUAUCCCUUCAAGGCAUCAAGGGAACUGGGAUCCUCCCAGAUCAGGAAUUGUUGAACCUCAGGUCUCAUUCAGGGCCCAGCUUCGGGAUGGUGUGGGUCUUAUCAAGUGAAGUUCAUUAAAGGGGAUGAACGUGAGUACCUCUGGAACCUAAGGUUGAAAAGAAGCCUGAAAGCAUGAUACUUAGGAGUGCAUUUUUGAAAUGUACAGAUAUCUUUGAAGAUUACAAGUUAACUUGGAAAAAAAACUAUCAAAAAGCUUUUGGAGCUUUUUAACAGAAUUUGCAAGUUAUGUUAAUUUUUCUAUAUCACUGGUCAGGCCUUACCUGGCUUAGCUUGUCCAUUUCCACACAGUACAAUUCAGGAGAAAGGUACUGUCUUGGGAAAGGUGUAAGGAGAUUUACCAGAAUGAUGCCCAGGAUGAGAGAGAAAUUCAUUAUGUGGAGAGACUCAAGAAGGUAGGAAUUGAACUAGAGGAGGCUAGAAGAAGAUGUAAGAGUGUACAAAUUCUGAAGGACUUUGAUAAAUUUGCUGGAGACAAGCUGUUUCUAUUGCUAAGCUAACAGUGAUCAGAGGACACAAAUAUCAGAUAACUGAAAGAAAACUUCAUGGGAAAUAGGGAUGUGGUUAUUGUCAGUAUUGCUAUGAGCUGGAAUCCAUUUCCACAGCAGAAAUGGAUUCAAUACUAAGUUUCCAACAGAAGUGGAUAUGUACUUAAAAAGAAGAAAUAUGCUUCUCUAUGGGCGUAGAAUUGUCGAGUGGGACCAAGUGAACAGUUGUUUCGUGUGCUGAGCUAAAUGGUCUUGCUAUAACUCUGUUGAUUAUCUUUGUGAAAUCUUUUACCGGUAAGGCCUGCUUCUGCUCCUUUGCUAGGACUGGGGUUGUGUAGUAGGAUGGUGAGGGGCUGAAUGGGUAAAUUCUCUUUCUAAAGCUGCUAUUCAUCCAGGAUGUGCUACCAAAAAGCCAAAGACGCCACUAGUCAUGGUCUUUUUCUUUAAUCUUGUAACCCAUAGGGGAGGUCGAUUGGCGGGUUAGCAGUGAAGGUCUUGUUGGGGCACUCAUGAUGGCACUUGCACCAUCUCCAGAUUUUCUCUUGCAUUUUUCCUUUUGAACUUUGACUAAGUUACAUUUAACAUAAAUUGGUUAAAUAAACACAAAGCAAUCCAAACAGCAGCCUUUCUUAUUUUUCUUCACCAUCACUCAACAUACAACAAUUUGUUAGUUCUAUUAGUAGAAAUAAUACAUUCAUUCAUGAUACUGCAUUCAAAUUACAGGCUCUGGAUUGAAUUCUAAAGAUCCUUUUAAUUUCGUGAACAAUAUUAUGUUGAAAUAAUUGCCUUUCCAUUGCAUUAAAUUUUCCAAGGCUUAUGUUAUUUUUAUUUAUAAAGAUAUUUUCAACUUACAUGUGCACAAGAUUUAAGACAGUUUACCAAAAGAAAUUGUAUACUUCUUAUUUCCUAGUGUUCAUUCAAAGAUUAACCUCUUCAUACUUUGCAUAGACACUUGUGAUAUUUAAUAUACAGUAACUUUAACAGAUUUAUUUUAAUAAAUGCCAAAUUUCACCUCAAAGAAAAUGUUUUAGUUUAAUACAGUUUAAAAGUAAUGUGUAACUUUCAUACCACUGUCAUGGAAGUAAAUGAAAAAUGGGGAGAAAACUUAAAAGAUAAACUGGAAAAAUAUAAGUCGCAUUAGAACAUAAAUAAAUAGCUUUGCAGGACAAUGAGCCCUUCAUUGGGCAAUUUAGCACACUUUUAUGCUGUAUGUCAAACAAAACACAUACAAUUCUCUUUCAUGCCAAACCUGACUUUUCAUGACAUUACUAAAAAAGAUUCAGAAACAUUCUAAGAAACCAUUGAAUGGGUAGAAGGCAUGCAGAACUGUUUAGUUAGCCUUAACCGCUAAUGCAUGUAGAGCUUGUCACUGUUUUAUUUCCCAUGAAUGCAACGUCAUUGAAUCAAACAUAGCUUAUGUACAAAAUCUAGCCAGCAGCCUAGUAGAAAAUGGGUGCUGCAGGCAUUGGACACUAGUAAGACAAGAGCAACAUUUCACUGACAACUAUCCUGUACUGGUAACAUAUCGUCAUUGACUAUUAUUUUUGACAUGGGAGUUAUCAAUAUUCUGUUUAUAGGCAAAUGACCUGCGGGUAUGUCUGAAGUCAUUUAUCAUAGUAUCUGCUGAUUAAUGUUAUUAUGCGUUGUGACUUUGAAUUUGUAUGCAGACUUUAUCACAAUUUAUAGUGGCACUAAUCAAAUGGGCAACACUGAUGUGAAAUAGGUCAUAGCUGUCAUUCUAACCAGCCAGCAAGGCUGCAUGAAAUGAACAGCUUCAUACAAAAGCUCAAUGAUAAAAUGUUAAUAUUUACAUAUUCUUUGUUUCCCUAGUUGUCCUUUUUAUAACAGCAAUGUCUGAUAGAUUGUAUUUGCUACCAGAUUAUUUCACUGUUAUGUAAUUGAUAUAAAAACUGCUAUCGCACUAACCAGGAUGUAUUGUGAGAGAAAAGCUCUGCUUUAACGUAACUGUUCUAGUGUUGACAUUAUCAAUCCUUGCUUCAGAUGUAACGAAAUAUAAAGUUUCUACUAUAUAUCAAAUACAAUUUCAUGCUAUUUAACUGCUCAUUACUUUGAUCCACAUGUAUCAUAAUUUUGGUUAGUAACUAUUAUUUCUAAAAAAAUUGGUGUGAUUUGGUGAUGUUGCACUCCAAGCAGGGAUUGUAACCUAAGGAAAUCACACGCCCACGUGCCAUGUUUUCCAGGCCACAUCACUAAUCACCUUGUCUGUAAUUAAUACAUGUCUGUGUAGCCGUGCACACAUGCUUUAUUGUGUUUUGUUUGCUUUUUGAAGUUUGGUUCCUUUUAAGCUGAACAUAACGUACCUUGUUUAUUAUUUAAUAAACCAUUAAAUCCUCAAGAA